GUGUGUUGCUGAGCAGCAGCCAGUCGUGUUUUUCCCCUCGCCGAGCUCACUCUCUCUCAUCCUCUGCUCUGACUCUCUCACACGCUCUGUUGCUCAGCGGACAGACCAGACCUCUUCUUGUCCUCUUCUUCUCUCCCUCUUUGUUUUCCCAUCAUAUUGUCUUAUUUCAUCUGUUUGGUUUUUUUGGCCACGUUUCUCCCUCUUUUGCCACCCCCCCUCCCCUGCCGCUUGUGCCAGGGGCAUUAGUGGGGGUCCUGGCGUGUGUGUUUGUGUGAGUGUGUGUGUGUGUGAGUGUGUGUGGGGGGGGCUUUAGCAGCAUGGAAGCAGUGGCAUUGUAUACAUUUCGUGCCACAGAGGGCGAUGAACUCAGUUUCAACAAGGGAGACUUGCUCAAGAUCACGAACAUGGAGGAUGAUCCAAACUGGUACACGGCUGAGCUCCACAACAGGAAAGGCUUUGUGCCGAAAAACUACAUUAACCUGCGGCCACACGCCUGGUUUGCCGGUCGUAUUUCUCGUGGCGUGGCAGAAAGUCGACUCAGACACAGAGAGUGUGGAGCUUUUCUGGUCAGAGAGAGCGAGAGUGCACCUGGGGAGUUCUCCAUGUCCGUCAGCUAUGGGGACCACGUUCAGCAUUUCAAGGUUCUGCAGGACCGCUGCUCUCAGUACUACGUGUGGGACGAGGUCUUCUCCUCCCUGAACGAGCUGGUGGAGUUCUACCAUAGCAACAGCAUCGCUAAGGAGAGGACGGUGUUUCUGAGAGACCCUGAGCACUUUGCUAGACGUCCCCAUCAUGCCCACGCUCUCUUCGACUUCACCCCACACCAUCCUUCCCAGCUGCGCUUCCUGCGCGGCGACGUCAUCGAACUCAUUGACUGCUCUGAUUCGCUGCGCUGGAGAGGCCGUUGCCAUGGACGCGUCGGCUACUUCCCUCCAGAGUACGUCCAGCCGAUUUACCACUGCCAGUGACCUGACACGUUAAACAAACACGCAACCAUUCCUGCAGGUUCCUCAAUGAGCCACCCUGACCACACCCAACCACACAGACAGACACACACUGACCCACCGCUCGACACUUGUCCAUUCAUUUCUGGAGUGAAGGAUUGAUUGAGCUGCUCAUUAUAUAAUCAACUCCUCCCGUUUCCUUGUGAUGUCACCUCUCAGACAAAAAGCCUCGCCCAGUCAGCUGCUUCAGGCUCGUCAGUCUCUUCCAACAGAACCCGCUUCUCUUCAAACAUGUAAAAAGAAAAAGAAAAAAUUCAGACAUGGACCUACACACUGUGGCGAACUCUCACAUAGACACAGUGAAACACAUGCACACAUAUACUCCUAGGCAUAAUCAUUUAUUAGAGCUUAUCAGCACUGGUGCAGACUAAACUGAAGUAACACACACAAACACUAACCUGAAGGGGGGGGCGAAAGUGUGUGUGGCCCAUGGGAGGUUGUGAAAGAAGGGCAGAGUUUUCUCUCCACUGCAGAUUUGCUCCAGUGUUUUGUUGUCGUUCCCACGAGGAGAUCCGGUGAACUGAGCAGAGAGACACAGAAAGUCAUUGUGUGUUGUGAAUAUUUGGGCCAAACACUCCGAGGAUACUGACACAGCAGAUUCCUCUCUCACUGGGCUGCUGCAUGAGUGUGUGUGUAACGAGGUUUGUGUGUAGAAUGUGGGUCUGAACACAUGUAAACCUGCAAACUUUACAUACAUGUAUGCAAGCUGUGUGCUACUGAGAGUGUUGCAUGUCUGCAGGAGUUUAAAGAUGUUGGUUGUGUGAUUUUACGUGUGUGUGUGCAGCCCGGUUAGUGUGUUACAGCGACCAGUGAGAUGAACACUGCCCAGGUGCCGCUUUUGUUUUAAAAUGCUUAAAAAUGUAAUAUGCUCAACUUCAUUUACGGAACAUUUGUUUGUUUCUAUGUAUUUAUUCUUAUUCAUGUGUAAUCUUAAAAAAACAACAUAUACAGCAAGUAAGAUGAAACAUUGUAUAAAGGUUUUGUUGCAACAAAUGUUUAAGAGAACCACAUUUUAUGUGAUUACCAGUAAGAACAUGGACCGGUCUUCCUUAACCUGUAAUGACAAAUCAUUUAAAUAAAGUGAUACAUUUACCUCUUUGAA